AAAUAUAUCAUCGAAUUCGGGCGUUUCGGGCAAAUAAUCAAAUAUUGUGGCUAUUAAAAUUAUUCAAACAUCGAAAAAAUUUCAAACAAAAUUUACCGUCGAACAGUAAACAAGCAAAAAGUAAAACGCAAUCCACACAACAAUGACGAUCUUAGGCAAACUGACAGGUGAAAAAAAGGACCUAGACAAGCUGCCUUUGCACCUGAACGAUGAAGCCAUGAUGCAUCAUGGCUCGCUAAUCAGUCCAAAGAUUGCUUACAGCGAUGCCGAUACAGAGUCUAUGGUCUUCAACCGUCCGCAAUACCAUUGCGUGAAGUCGUUUUUGCUGUUCCUCAUUGCCAUCAUUGUGAUGAUGAUGGGCGUUUUGGGUGGCUGGACGCUGUACAGGAUGUACACGCCGGCCCAUUCCGGCAUGCAUUAUCAUGCAUUAUGCGACAUUCCCUAUGCCGAGGACUCGACCGAAAUGCCGCGUUUCUAUGCCCGCAACGAUGAUGCCUUCUCUCUAAACUGGCGCUCACUUCUGCCCCAGUUGACGGGCAGCAGUAACUCCGGAAACAUGCCAUUCGAAUCCAUAGUCGAUGAUAAUUACUUCCGCGAAGAAAUCGAGCUGGAUAGCAGCGAUGAUGAUAGCUAUGCCAAAAUCGAUGUGCCCGACUUCAAGGACGGACGACGUGGUCGCUUUAUGCACGACUUCAAGGAGAAUCAGUCGGCCAUUAUUGAUACCACGAACAAUCGUUGCUUUAUCAUGCCUCUGGAUCGGGAUACGACUUUGCCGCCCAGCAGCAUUGUGGAUUUGGUGCAGAAAAUGGGCUCAGGCUAUUACAACAUCGAUACGGAACGCGUGCGUCGCAAUAUGCGUGUUAUUACGCCAAGGAUCACCGAUCUGUCCCUCAUCUCGGAGCGCAUUGCCAACGAAUGCUACGACAUGAAAGUCUACAUGAUGGAGCGCUUCGUUUCGGGAGUUGCCAAGCGCUCAGCUGAGCCACUGCCCGACUCUGGAAAGUUCGCCGAGUUCAUGGGCAAGGGUGUCAUCGAGUAUGAUAUUGCCAAUAUCGCUGAGGUGGCGGCCUACGAGGCCCAGGCAGCCUAAGUUAUUCCGUUAGUGCUUGCCGCAAAAAUGUUUUAAACGUAUUUAUUAUAUAAACAGCGAAAUACAAAUGAAGGAACUUGUAUUUGAUAUAUCUAAAUGAAAAUCAUUAUCUGUAAGCUGCACUCCUCCUCAUUUUGUAGUCUGUAGCCAGCCAGAGCAGCAAUAAUUGCUAUAAAUCGAGUUCAUGUAGCAUAUCCUAAGCUGACAACGUAAUUUGUUUACUUAUCAAAUAUUCUGUACAUCAAUUUUUUGUGUAAAUCAUUGGCCAAACCGAAAACAAAACAUUAAAACAUAAAUCCUAGUAAGAGAUGAAAAUAUUGUACCUAGAAAGCAAAUCAAUGCGAUGAAGAAAUUGUGACAAAUACAUACGUGCGUAGAAUGUGCAAAAGGAGAAAUGUUUUAAA